GCGUGCGUGGCAAAUGAGUCGCGCCCGUUGCCCGGCACCCGCAACGCCGCCUGUUCCUCGGUGAGACGUGGCCAUUGGUCGUCGCCUGGCUCCUAGCUUGCCGGCCCGCUCCAACGGAACCACUGCCUCCAACAACCACGACUUAUCAUUUGCGCCCCAUGUCAAUAGCGGCGACAUGUCUCUUCCAAGAACCGCUGCGACGCCGUGCCGCUGACUGCCUGCCGUCCCCGCACCGUAUACCGCGCCGCCGCGCCCUCGACAACAAUGGUCAAAAUCGACGACUUUGCCGUCGAGUCCUGGAUGGACCAGUAUGAGACAAGGUGCAAGUUCAACAUUGCCGAGACGUGUUGCGCCUCAAUCUCCAUCGAUCAGCUACGCGACCUGUCAGAGGACAAGAAUAGCCAAAUCUUCGACACUUCGCGCAUCCUAAACUACGGCCCCAUCAGAGGGAGUGGCGACCUGCGCAACAACCUCGCCCGCCUGUACUCUGCAAAAGUCACCACCCCACUGCCAGCCGAAAACAUCCUCACGACGCCCGGCGCAAUCCAAGCAAACUACCUGGCCGCCUACGCCCUCGUAGGGCCUGGCGACCAUGUCAUCUGCCACUAUCCCACCUACCAAUCCCUCUAUGAAGUGCCCAAGCAACUGGGUGCCGACGUCGACCUGUGGAAGGCAAAGCCCGAAAACAACUGGAUACCCACCAUCGAAGACCUAAAGGCUCUCGUCAAGCCCAACACCAAGCUCAUUAUCCUCAACAAUCCCAACAAUCCCACCGGUGCAGUUCUCGGCAAGACAUUCCUGCAAGAAGUCAUCGACAUUGCUUCGGAGAAGAACAUCACCCUCCUGGGCGAUGAAGUCUACCGGCCGCUCUUCCAUUCCAUCAGCCCGCUAGACAAAGAGUUUCCGCCAUCCCUCCUGUCCAUGGGCUACAGCAAUGUCAUUGUCACCGGCUCCAUGUCCAAAGCCUACUCGCUGGCCGGCAUACGCAUAGGAUGGAUCGCCUCGCGCAGUUCUGAUCUGAUUGAGAAGAUUGCAGCAGCACGCCACUACACGACAAUAUCCGUCUCCUAUUUCGACGAGCAAGUCGCAGCCUAUGCUCUGCACCCCUCGACCAUUCACAACCUGCUUGCACGCAACAUCCAGCUUGCCAAAACCAAUCUUGCGCUCCUGGAGAAAUUCAUCAUCAAGAACGAAGACGAAUGCGAGUGGGUGAAGCCAACAGCAGGCACAACCGCCUUUGUCAAGUUCCACAGAGAAGGCAAGCCAGUGGAUUCAGUCGACUUUUGCAAGAAGCUACUCGAAGCCACAGGCGUCAUGUUCGUGCCCGGCAGCACAUGUUUUGGCGACGAGUUCAAGGGCUACGUGAGAAUUGGCUUUGUAAACCAGACAGACGUGGUCAAGGAGGGUCUUGAGGCCGCAGCCAAGUUUAUCCGUAAGAGCUUGGAUGACGUGGAAUUAGCUGCAUAAACUACUUCUUUUGUAGCUACGCAAUGAUUAAAUAAGUCU